UAAAGACAAAAUCAAACAAAGGAAAAUAUCAAAAUACUAGUACGUGCGUGCUUCUAAAAGAUCUCACGACGUUCUUCUCCACCUCUCGAGUCAUCCACAUGUUUUUCCUAUAUAAAUGCAUAUCCAAACUCCAAAUAAGAAACCUCAAACCCUAAUUAAAAUCUGCAAAGCUAGUGUUCUUGUCAAAGAGUUAAUUCUCAUUUCAUAUUAUAUAAAAUGGGAAUCAAACACAGCCGUGAUCAUUCAACUUCAGCCAUAGACGACAACAAUAACCACCAAGAUUUUCAAGACCAGAAGAUGAAGACAAAGAUUGUUGACGGUGUGAGUCAAAAUCAAUCAAACAACUUCAAGAUUCCAAUUCAUUAUCCAAAGUAUACAAAGAGUGAUUAUGAGAAAAUGCCAGAGUGGCAAUUGGAUCAGCUUUUGAGAGAGUAUGGCUUGCCGAUCAUCGGAGACUCCAAUGAGAAGAGGAAGUUUGUCAUCGGGGCUUUUCUCUGGUCGCCGGAGAAGGAUCACUAGAUGUUAUAAUGAAAUUAUGAUCCAUGUAAGCCACACUGUCCUUAUUAUAUUGUCUUAUAUACCCAAAAGAAACUUGUUACAUAUGGUAAUAGUUUCUUACGGUACUGUUUUAAAUAAAUAAGUUUGCAUGUAGAUAUGUUGUUAUCUAUUUUAUAAAUGUAUGUAUGCUUUAUAUGUAAACUAAAUAAAUAUAUAUAUAAAAGGGAAAAAUUCCAUAUAUAUUCUAUGGUUUAUAUAUACCUUCUUCUCUCUUUUUGGCCGACUACAAAACCAGAGGGAGAAGUAAGAAAAUCAGAGAGAAAGUUAGAACGAAGAGAAAAAAAUCAGAGAAAGCUUGUGCGAUUUUGUCUUCACCACCAUACCUCAGCUUGUUGUUGUGUGGAUGAGCAGAAGGUGAGACAUAUGGAUUAAACCCUAUGGUUUAUACUUUGAUGUAUGUUACUUUAUACACUACGGUUUACACUUCAUUUUACGCUAUGAUGUAUUUUCCGAUGUAUAUUUGAAACUAAAAUCUAUUUGAAUUUGAAGAUUCAUAUCUAAAGUAAAUUCAAAAGCAAUCGAAACAUACUGUCAUCA